CAAGAAUGUGCAUCUUUAUUGGACGUGCGAAACUAAGGACGCUUAUUUUGUCGUAGCGGCUUAGAACUUCUUUUAGACAGUGUAUUGUUUCUGAAUCCAUAUUUAGUGAAGCACAUCAUAAUGGAACAGAUGUCUUCGGGAAAAUACGACACAGAGUCCAUGAUGCAUCAGGCACAACACAUGUGGACUAUGUUGGACGAAAUGGCAACCAGUAACCCACAGGCAUAUCGAGAGUUUAUCAACAAACAGCUGCAGGAAGGUCGAGAACAGAUGGCGCCACCGCAACCUCACAUGUGUAUCAAAACAAACCUACUGAAACCGCUGCCAGUGACUAUGUACAUCAACGUGUGUGGCUGGAAGCGAAUUCCGCCCCCGAAGAGUGAGGAGGAGCCAGUAUCAGUGAUGGGCACUUCUCUACAGACAGUCCAGGAUCAAAGUGGAACAUUUACUACCAUCUCCGUUGCUUUCAACUUGGGCAUCAUCGAGAAGUUUGGUAGAAAUUCCGAAAACCCUGCAGAUCGUGACACUUUAAUUCAGCUUUCUAUGGAUUACAUUGAAGAGCAGCAAAAGGUGAAAAUUUCACGAAUUUACGAGAUUCUCGACGAUUCCAUUUUGUAUAAAGGUGACUUAAGUGACAUUCAUGCAAGCUUCGCAGUCAAAAACAAGAGUUCGGACAAGCAGUUUGAAAAUAAUCUCGAUGAGCUUGAAAAAUCAUGCGGCCCGUUGGCAGCUGGUGCGAAAGAUUCUUUACUUAAUCAGUUGAAAAACAUAGCAGUCAGUGACAACCAGUCAGGAACACAGUCUACCACCCGACCAGACAUCAGUGUGUUAUCAACGAACGGUGCUGGGAAGUCAGUUUUGAUUGAGGAGAUAAACACGUCACAGAGACUGCCAGUCCCGAAACAUGAACUGAGCUGUGUGAAGAGCGAUGCCUCACAGGAAGAUGUCUUGGUACUCAACAUCAUGCUGCCAAACGUGCACAGCGUAGCAGAAUGUGAACUCGAUAUAUCCGAGGAUGACAUAUCCAUGAAUGUUCCAACAAAGUACGAGCUUUACGUGAAGUUGCCCCGAAUCAUCAAAGAAAAUGAUUCCACUGCUAAAUUCAACAAGAAGAAUUCGACACUGACAUUAAGAAUGCCCGUCCUCAGAUAACAGACUGUGUAGAGUAAAAACAAACACCAUUGCAUGUCCAUCACUGCUAUGUAUCAGUGCAAACAGUAACGAUCAGACUGUUUCAUUCAUAAAACUCUUUAUCCUUUUUAUGUUAUCACAACCUGUUGCAGGGUUAGCUUUGGCACUCGCCAAAUUCACCAAUUGCAAAUUUUAAACACAACUGGCAAAUUUUAUUUUAAUUUGGCAAAAGAAUUUCAUGUAAUGAUUGAUAUUUCAUUGAAAAUAAUGGUGAGUUUCUGCAGUUUAUGGAGUGUAAUGGACAAUUUGACGAAAUUUUCUACACCCCCCAAAGCUAGCCCCGUGUUAUUUGUAAAGAGUAACACGUCCUCACAGUGUUAAUAAUGUUUUCAUUCCAUGGAUUUUCAUGAAUCAUAUAUAAGAAAAAUUAUUGGGUGUAAAUUUUACAGGAAUCAAAAUCGGCUGAAAUUUCAGCCAGACAUUCGGUCCGGCAAGCUACAAAUUCUCCCAGACCUAAACGAAACCUACCGGACAAAACAUGAUAAUAAAUUAUAAUCAAUUAUCAGAAGGGUCGGCAGGCAAAAACAUGUCCUGACCCAUGGCGACAUCAACAGGCAAAAACUAGUCGGGACAAUAGAAUUUCGACCUGUUUUUUUAACCCUGACAUUGCAUGGGAACAAUUUCAAUAUACACUGUGUCCAUUCUUCAUCAGCUAAUGCUAAACUUUGUUUUGUUUAACAACACCACUAGAGCACAUUGAUUUAUUAAUCAUCGGCUAUUGGAUGUCAAACAUUUGGUAUUUUUUGGACAUAUAUUCUUAGAAAGGAAACAUGGUACAUUGUAUGCACCCAUAAACAGGAUAGCACACACCAUGACCUUUGAUAUACGAGUAGUGGUUGGAAUGAGAAAUAGCCCAAUGGACCCACCAAUAAGGAUCGAUCGCAGACUAACCACUUUACCUCUGGGCUAUGUCCCAACACCCAUCAGCUAAUGCCUGCUACCACGAGUUGUUUUGGAAGUAUUUUAAACAGAAUUUGAUAAAAAUUAAUACAGCGA